GGCUCCCCGUUGCGGGGUGCAAACGGGGACAAGUUGCAGCCCAAAAGUACGCUCUGUGGCUCGUUUCAAAAAUAUCUUGAAACCUGUCAAAAGGCAGCGCCUCACAGAUGCGUUGAAGAAGCAAGUCUCAGACUGGUUCCAGGACUUUCCUGAGGUGCUUUCUGGAGAGCGAAAAGGCUCGGGGAACAUGGUUCCAAAUUCCAUGCGUUUCCCAUGUGUUUUUCCCAUUGCGUUUUCCUUCUGUGUUGCCUAAGUUCUUCCAUAUCCAUUUCACUUCCUGCCUAGGCCUGCUAGUCAAAGGGGCCACGUCCGUCCGGUCGAUGGCAUCCAGGUGUGGCGGCAUCCAUGCAGCGAAUUUGGCCAAGUGGAACUCCAUCUCGGUGCUCCUCUCCUGCGGUCUCAUCGUGGACUAUUUGCACGUCAUGCCGGGCUGUGCGCAAGUGCAGGUGGGCGACCACGUGCAGUGCGGCCAAGUCCUCGGGGAGUCCGGCGACAUCGGCUUCGCGCCCGAGCCGCACCUGCAUGUGGAGGUGCAUCGCUCCGACGACCCGGAGGGCCCCUCCGUGCCUGUGCGCUUUGGCGCCUCCGGCUUUGUCCCCGUGGCCGGCAGCUACUACAUCUCCACUGGAGAAGUGCCAGCGCCACACAGCGAAGACAUCUCGCCGACCUCCCGCGGCGCAGGCGUUCCCAGCAUCUCCAAAUCGCGGCGACGCUUGCAACGCCUGGAGCGGCAGAAGCGCUCCCAACGGUCCAGUCAAAGCAGUGAUGCACAAAGCGUUGCUCGGACGAGGCUUUGUAUCAGCUACGAUCUCAGCCUACUUCGCUUCUCCCCACCUCCCCGUGUUCCGCCCUCCUUGUCGCACGGUCCCUGCGUGGAGACGCAGGUCACGGUGCACUUCGCGGCCGAGGGCGAGCGAUGGACCCACGACUUCGAGGUGCCUCAGGACGCCCAAGUCCGAGAGCUGAAGGCCGGCCGCCACACGGCGCGGAGGUCGCAGGAGGUAGAUUCGCCAAGCAUUGGGUCGGUGCUGGACGAUGGGCGGGAGGCCACCAUGCUGAACCCGCCGGGCACGGAUGAGGAGCGCUCAAGAGGAAUGGCACCUGACAGGCUGUUGGGUCGUCGGGUGCCGGACUUCGAGAAGAUCACCCAGGACACCGCCGAGGAUUGUGACCUGGACUUCGAGUUUUUGGGCCCUGUGGAAGGUGAGAGGAAGGCGCGCCGAGACAAAGCCGAUGAACCUCAUUGGGCAGCUCUGCAGCUUCCACAGCAGGAGCAGUUUCAUCUCGAGCCUCCCUUCCGGGACAAGUCCCUCAUGAAGGAGAGCCGUCCGAGCCCGCUUCGAGGCCCCAUGUCGCCGGUGAAGCGCUGGGAAGUCAUCGGCGGCGCCGACAAGGGAGGCAUCCUGGUCCGCGAGGGCCAGUCGACCACCUCGAAACAACUGGCCGAACGCUUGUCCACGGGUGCCUUCGUGGAAGAGCUGGAUUUGCGCGGCGAACGUUUGAAUUACAAGAGGCUUACAGGGACCGGCCCUGAGAUAGGCUUGACUGUCUCUGGCAAGGCCGAGUUGACUUGGCAAAAACUGGCCGCCAGUCGGCUUGGUUACUAUUUGUUUGUUGUGCUCUGGUACCAGCUGGGCUUGGAGAUUGUGAAGCCGUCGCCCAUGUCUCCAGAAGAGAUGCUCACGUCCGCUGCUCAGGGGAGCCUCUCUGGUCACACGAGCGAAAGGUUUUCCUGCGCCCUGUCCCUGCAAGAGGAGCUCAUGGAGGGUUUCGGAAAGCCGGAAUUUCAGAAAGCCUUGGCCAAGAUCAUCCAAGAGCACCCCAGCAAGACAGGCAGUGAGUUCAUGCGAAAGCGCAACGAGCUCUUCUUGACGGUGCAAAGCAUCGUUCUGCCCAGGUAUGGCUUCGAGGGUAGUCCCAAGGCCGUCACUGCGGGGCCGAUGGGCACACAUCAGCCACAUUUCUAUGAAAAGAGGGUUGCAGAUGAAAAGAGCGUUGCCUUCAUUCCGCAGAUGGGAGGAUCCACGGAAGAAGCGCGAAACUGUGACUUCGUUCAUCCAGGGGAGCUCCCGGUGGACCCGGACCUGGCGCGGCGGAUCCAAGAUCUCACCGGGCCCGAGGUGGCUCAGAUCUCGAGGGCCACCGUCCUGGACCACAAUGCCGGCAUUGUGUUGAUCGAACGUCAAGAUGGCCGGAAAGAGGAAGUGCCCAAGAGCCGCAUCCUCCACUGGUUUGAGGGCGUGCUGAUUCUACAAGCGAUCAAGAACUCCAAAGUGCCAGUGGGUUGGAUGACACGAGACUUCGAGACGGUGCUGACCCAGCAGAUGGCACGGAUGUCCUCCUUGUCCUACAGUAUCAACUACGUGGAGCAACGACUCCUCAACGAGGCGGUGACUGGGUCCAAGUUCAUUGACCUCCAGGGAGUUCAGCACAACUUCCGGCGCCGUGGCUUGCUGGAGAAGGAGAAGGAGAACAGGGUGUCCAAGCUGGUGAGUGGAGGCGAUAUUCCCUCUGGCUUCUGGAAGAUCAAGACCCUGUCCGGCUACAUGCCACCCUGGGAGGCCUUUCAUGAGUUCAGUCUCUACCAGGAUUUCUAUCUCGUCCUGUGGGACACUCCUUACGAGAGAGUGGAUUAUGCCAAGGAGCCGAACGGCUGUGGGUUGCCGAGCGCCACCUGGGAGCCGGACGAGUGCCUACCGCCGCACCUGGAUGAGCUGCGCUUGCGGGAGAAGCGCAGCUGGAUCCAGCGGAAGAGGGCAGAAGCCGAGGCUCCCGAGCUUCGUAAUGGCGAGAAGCGCAAGGCGAGUCACCGGGCCUCGCACAGUGAGCCUCUUUCCAAGCUGCGACGCUGGCAGCGCGACAUGUCACCGCUGUGCGCCGACAUGUUCCAGUUCAAACUCGGCCAUGACUUCAAGCCCGAGUUGCUGCCGGAGAACAUCCGCGAGGGCUGGCCCAAGAGACCUCAGGAGUACCCGAAAGGCUAUGGCUGCGCUGAUCCGCCGGGCUUUUGUCACGAGCGAUGCGACUGCAUGGACGAUGGUCGACCCCAGCAGCCGUGGGAGACCCACAAGCACUGGCUCGAGGACUCCAGAACCAGCCGCGGAGCAGCAAUGGCCAUCGAACAUCUCUCAGCACAAUCGACGUUCGUGAGGCGUCGUGGUCAAGUGACCAACAUGCAUCACCACUUCGAGACCUUGAAGAUCUAUCCCUAUCAGGAUCCUCACAAGGCGGCCUAUGAUGAGAUCCGCCUCUUGGCAGAGCUGGUCCAGACUCUCAUCCUCCAAGCGAUGCAGGAAGUGCCUUUGCGCAGCCUCUUCGACCGCACGGACCAGGUGCGGAUCCCCAUCGCUGCCUUCCGGCUGGAGAACGACUAUGUCCCACUCAAGUUCCUGGCAAAUCAUUCGUGGCUCAGUGUGGGAGUCGAGGAUGGGCUUUUAAUGGCUCUGGCAGAUCCACCACAUGUACCCUUCCAAGUCAAGGUUACUGCCAAGACGGCGUGCUGCCACGAUCGCUUUGUAGAUGAGGUGCAGCGGCCGGUCGCGGGGGGCGGUGGGACCAGGUGGAGCGGUUUCCGAACGUGGCUCGAAGCGGAGAACGGCCUUGUUCAAAAGCCCCAAAACUUCGUGGAUGCCGUGGAGAUCUCGGAAGCUGUGGAAACCAAGGUGCAGCGGCUUCCAGACCUGGUAGGCCAGUACCCGGUGAGGUUUUCUGACGGUGCACGUCUGGAAACUGGGUUGGUGAGGCAGGCAUGGUCUACAUUAGAGGCUGCACGAGAUUUCUGCUUCGAUGCAAUGUGCAUCAGCCUGCGGCGCCGCAGUGUGUGA